CUCCGAGGGGGAAAAGAAGGGUGUGGUUUGCAGAUGAAAUCCUCCCAAGUAAGAAGUCAGAGUCUGCUCCAACCACACCGACCAGACGGCCUGGGUUCUCCCGCUGAUGAGACGAGCUCUGGGCGGACCACUUAGAAGUCCUGUAGGGUCACCGCAAUUUAGGAGAGCCCUACGGCCACGUGGGACGAAUAUCAAUGAGGCCUGUGGGCCGUAUGGCUGGGGCACCACAGCUUUAGUGGGCAGCUCUGUAAACCUAAUCCCCCUAAAUGGCCUGCCGCCAAUCCUAACUUCCACUGGAGUCAAAGGAGAUUACACCGUAGAGGAGCAGCCUUCCGAGAUGUUACUCAUUCAAGAGCUGGAGAGUGGCAGGCCCAAGCCUUUAGUGUUUGUCCUCAAUGCUAACCUACUCGCUAUGGUUAAGUUGGUCAACUAUGUUAACAGGAAAUGCUGGUGUGUGACGACAAAGGGGAUGCAUGCUGUAGGCCAGGUGGAGGUGGUGGUGCUGCUUCAGUGCUUACCUGAAGAGAAAAGCUUCCCCAAAGACAUUUUCAGCCACUUCAUCCAGCUGUACAGGGACACCCUCACAGGAAAGGUUCUGAAACACCUGUCGCUGUCCUUGUUCGGCUGCAGUUUUCUUGGCAGUCAGGAGCAUGCAGGCUUCUUGUACGUUCGCUCUACUCUGCAGUCUCUUCAAGGUCUACCUCUGCCAAACCAGCCUUACCUCUUUGGCCUGCUGGUCCACAGGGCAGAGGUGGCCUGGGCCAAAGCCUUUCCUUUACGUCUCAUGCUGAGAUUAGGGGCUGAAUACAGAUUUUACCCGUGUCCCCUGUACAGCGUGCGCUUUAGGAAGCCCUUGUUUGGGGUAGGUCACACUAUAAUGAGACUGUUAGUGGACUUUAGAAAUUACCGUUACAGCCUACCAAUGGUACCGGGGCUCACUGUGGAUCUUGAAGCUCAGACAACCGGCAUCAAGAUACCAACUACUGGGUAUAAUGAGCUAAUGAAGGCUCUGAAUAAGUCUAAUGAGCAUGUGCUGGCCAUUGGGGCGUGCUUCAAUGAGACUGCGGACUCCCAUCUCAUCUGUGUGCAAGGGGACGAUGGCCAGUACCAGACCCAGGCCAUCAGCAUCCACAAUCAGCCACGCAAAGUGACUGGAUCAUGCUUUUUUAUAUUCAGUAGUGCACUGAAAGCAUCUGCAGGAUACCUUGCCAAGUCCAGUAUCGUAGAAGAUGGGCUUAUGGUUCAGAUCACUGUGGAAACCAUGGCAGAGCUUCGACGGUCACUCCGGGAGAUGAAAGACUACACUGUCACCUGUGGGCGGCUUGACCAAUCAGACAGCCAGGAGCUUGUUUGUGUACAGUGGGUGGAGGAGAAAUGCACGGUGAACAAGGGAGUUAUAAGCCCUAUCGAUGGUAAAUCAAUGGAGUCAAUCAGCAGUCUGAAGAUGUUCCAGAAAUCAGAGUACAAAGAAAACGGAAAGAUCAUCCGCUGGACAGAAGUUUUUUUUCUUCAAAAAGGAGAUCAUCCCAAAGGAGGGGUGACUGACUCUGCAGAACAUAACCGGUUAACAGAGAGGAUUGCUCGUGCGUUUUGCUUGGCACUGUGUCCACACCUCAAGCUGCUGAAAGAGGACGGGAUGGCUAAACUGGGGCUACGGGUCGCUUUUGAAUCUCAAGAGGUGGGAUUUGUGGCCGGCAGCAAUGGACAACCCCUCCCAGCGCAGUACCUCAACGCCCUAGACAGCGUGCUGAUCCCGGUCAUACACAAGGGGGCGAAACGAGGCGAUGAGCCUAUAGUGAUGGAGCUUAUCUUUUACAUCCUGGAGAACAUCACUUAAAGCGCAAUACACCCCAUUUACUCUUGUAACCCUGACCACAACUCUGUCUCCAGCACUUCUCAUCAGAGCUGCAAUCAGUUUCAGGGCAAUAAAGCAUUCAAAGGGCGAACCAGACCACAUCCAAGGUCUGCAUCCCAUCUCACACACUCACAAAUAGAGAGAAGUGGUCUGACUCUUAGUGGUUUUCUGAUAUCACGCUGCCCCGCAGCAGAUCAUCUGGGUACGCAUGCCACCUAGAACACAACAUCAGAUCAGGGUACUGCACUGUACAAUAGUAGCAACUUUGUAGCGUCAUAUCAUUCAUUGUUCCAUAAAAACCCCAGUACAGAAGUAACCUUUAAUACGGGCGCUGGAUUCAGCCCUUCGACCUUAAGCAAAGAGAAAAGAGAAUGACUUGAAGUACUGUAUGUUGUAGACCUGUAGCAAUUUGAUGCACUCUGAAUGAAUGCCUAAAAGAAUGUUUUCAUACUGGAUCUAUUUUAAUUGAUUGCUCAUGAAAUGUUAUGUCAGUCAUAAAUUAAACUUGCAACUAUGA